AUGCAGGGCAGCCUGGACACAGCCCUGGGCAGCAUGCUGGGCAGCGGCCCGGCAAAGUCCUCGGAGCUGGGCAGCCUGCUGGAGCAGCAGAGCGGGGGGCACCUCGGCUUUCGGGCGUUUAGGCCCUCUGUCUUUGGCCCGGGCCUGCCAGGCGAGCUGGGAGUCGAGAGCAGCGACGACUUGAUCACGCCGGCCACUGUGGAGGUGCAGGCGGGCAGCGGACAGUUGCCCAGCGCACCGGCGGCGGCUGCGGCUGCGAUGCCGCCCGUGCCCCGCCAGCACCAGUGCCUGCUCUGCGGCGGGCUGGGCAGCCAGGGCGCGUGUGGGCCCCUGAAGACAGCCACCGUUGAGGGCGAGGCGGUGGCCGUGCACCACCUGUGUGCCAUCUGGAGCCCCGGCUGCUACCUGCCUGAGGGCUGCUCAAACUAUGUCAACCUGGAAGCGGAGGUCCGGCGGGCACGGCAGCGCGCCUGCGCUGCCUGCGGCCAGCGAGGCGCCUCUAUUACCUGCUCCCACCCGGGGUGCCGCACCGCCUACCACCUGCCAUGCGCGGUGGGCGCGCCCAAUGUGCUGCUGGAGAGCGAGACCUUUGAGCUGUGGUGCCCCCACCACUCUGACACCGACAACAGCGAUGAGGACUAUGCCUUCACGGCGCCCCGCCCGCGCCGACAGACGGGUGGUGGCGCCAGCGGGAGCAAGCGGCAGCGCGGGUCGGUGGAGGCCCAGCGCCCGCGCACCGACUGGCAGAAGAAGGAUGAGAACACCUGGCUCAAGGUGGUGCCUCCCUGGUGGUGCGAGCACCGCACAGUGCACUUUGCAACCAAGGUGUACAAGGAGCUGUUCAAGAGCAUGGGCAGCGCCGUGCUGGUGGACCCCUCUGGCACCGAGUGGCAGUGCGUGGUGCACAGCGAGGCGCGCAACGACCUGCGCCCCCAGUACACCUUGCGGGGCGCCUUUGCGGAGCUGUGGGAGGCGCUGGGCAUCUCCUCGGGCGACACGCUCAUCUUCAAGCGCGACCUGCCCACGGGCCGCAUUGAGCUGGCCCGCCACGCCGCAAGCAAUGCCGUCAAGGCGGAGGAGGGCGCCGACUCUGACCUGUCGGACCCGUCUGCGGUGGAAGGGUCGGGUGGGCGCGGGGCACGGGGCGUGCGCCAGGAGGCCUCCUCAGAGCAGACGCGGGGCCAGAGCCAGCAGGGCUCCCACCCCAACCGCUGGAUGGAGCUGGCCGACGGCUGGAACAUCAAGACCGUCUACAAGUCAACCAUGGUGCACCAGCAGUGCCCCAUUGCAGGCUGGCUGUUCAAGAAGCUGUACGGGCGCCUGCCUGGGGAGAACGACAGGGCGGCCAUGUAUGAUCCCGACCUGGAUGCCGAAUACCGCUUUGAUGUCAGCUUCAUCAGCGCGGCCAACGUGCACUACAUUACCGGCCGCGUCUUUGGCAGCUGGGUGCGUGAGUCGGGGCUGCAGGCUGGGGAGCAGAUCCGCAUGAAGAAGGAUGGCGGCCGUGUGCGCGUGGACUUCACCACCAAGGCCGCCUCCCGCUCGGCAUCGCUGGCACAGGCAUCUGAGGACGGAGCCAUUGCGGGCGCCCCCGCUGCCCAUGGCCAGGAGCUGGCAUCGCCGCCCACAGCAGACGCGCUGGAAGCGCUGGAUGCACUUGUGGCAGCCGCCGGCUACGCCGGCACGCACGGAACCCCUGCCAUCCAGGCUGCUCUGGCCGGCACUGGUGGUGGCGCUGCUGCCGCUGCCGCCAUAGCUGCGGCAGGGCUGCCGGGCGGUGCAGGCCUUCCAGGCACGCUGGUGCACCCUGGCUUUGACCUGCCAACACUGCAGCCGGCGGCGCCCCCCAAGCGCCGCCGCACCUCGCAGAUGGAGGGAGGCGGCGCGGCGGAGCUGCUGCUGCAGCAGCAGGAGCAGCAGCUGCUGCUGGCUCGCAGGCAGAGCGCUGCCAACUGGAGGCCCAGCGGCGGCUGGCCGCGUGCGGCGCCCGCGGCGCCCGCCUUCUCGCUGGCCGAGUGGCAGCCGUCUGAGCCGCAUGUGCAGAUGUACCAGGCCAUUCAGCAGAUCCUGGCGGGCCACCAGUGGACCCCCGAGGAGCAGGCCAGCCUGCAGCGCUUCAGGGCCAAGUAUGCCUGGCUGGACGGGUGCGGGCGGGAGGUUGUGUACCUGACCGCCACACAGCUGCAGGCGGACAAGGCAGCCCUGCUGGAGUUUGCGGUGGAGGUGGGCACCGGCAUCCUCACCCAGCUGCAGGGCACCCCACCGGCAUCUGCAGAUGCGGGGCAUGCCCAUCUAAUGCCCCCUGCUCUGCCAGCUGCCAGCCCGGCUGGCGGCGGCAGCAGCCCCUUUGCUGCGGCACCCAUCAGUAUCCCCGCGCCCGAGCUGCAGCAGCAUGCCGCAGCGGUGCCGGGGUCAGAGCUGGCACCUGCGCCAGCGUCAAUGGUAUUGGAGGCGCAUUUGGGGCUGGAGGCCGCGGCUAGCUUCAAUUUGGAUGCCUUCAUGCAGACCGACCGGGAGGCUCAGGGGACUCCCAACCCACAGGGUGCUCUGGGCCCAUUGCUGUGA